GGUUUCUCUGAAGUGUUCGGUUGCAUUUAUAUAUGUGCUGAGUAUUUGGACUAUGGGAUAUGCUGGGAGCUGUGGUGAGCAACAGACUCCGAACGACGGUCUGUGCUGUGACAAGUGUCCUCCAGGUGAAUAUAUGAAGGAGUUCUGCAAUGCGGAUACUAAAACUGUGUGUAGCCCCUGUCCUGAGGGCUACUACUCUGAUCACUUCAACCUCUUUGACAGAUGUGAGAAAUGCCAGUCAUGCCCUCAUGAAUAUGAUGAGAAAUGUACACCAACCACAAAUGCUAAAUGUUCGUGUCGCUCGGGUUUCCUGUGCUCCAGCAACGAGUGUUUGACUUGUGAGGAAAACAAGUGUGUUGCAGGGGAGAUAGUGAACAGAACAGACAUUCCCCAAAGUGGACAGUUGAUUAAGUAUACCUACAGUUGUGAGGCUGCAUGUACUGCUCAUGCCUAUUUCGACGUGAAAGAGCAAACCUGCAAGCAAAGGACACAGUGCAGUGCAUUUGGACUCGCUGAACUAUUUCCAGGAAACAAAACCCACGACUCAGUUUGUGAUAUUUGUGCACGGAUGCACUGCAAAGGAGGAGACUCCAGCAAUACGAUUCUUGGCAUUGGCUUCCUGCUGCUCUCUGUCUGCUUCCUGGCUAUUCUGUCUGCUGUCUGUGUAAAGAAUCUGAGGAAGUAUAGAGCAAAAAACUAUCCUGUGUUAGGUCUCAGCACUGCAGACUUCCCCCUGCCGAAAGAGGAGUGUGGACUCCAGCUCAGUAUUUCCGAUGAAUGCAAGGAGUGCAGCCAUUUGGACGAACUCCAUCAGGGAAAAGUCCCCAUUCUUUGUACUUAAGGAGAAGGUGACCAGACUGGUUGGCUCCAUCUAAAGAUUUUGAUUAUAAAUAGAAUAUAAUAGUGUAAUUAGAUAUAAAGAACAGGCAAACCUGUGAAGGUUAUAGGUGCUUUAUUUGAUCUCCAAACCAAGAGGAUAUAGCUGGACAGGAAGCUGAAGGAUAGCUGGACAGGAAGCUGAAGGAUAGGUUCACUGGUUCCUUCCCUAUUAGCAGUGCUCUUUAGGAGAUAGCAACAACUUCCUGGAAUAGUUUACCUGAGGACUGUUUUAAAAAUCAGUUUUAAUUUUCUUCUACAAAUAGGUUUUACUUAUAUGUUCUCCGCCUAGUCAUUUUAUUUGUUGUUAUUGAUUUUAAACAUUGAUAUAUAGUACUUGCUUUGUAAUGAUAUAGUAUUUUGCUUGGUGUCUUUGAUGGUUUGUUUUCUUGCUUUUAAUCGUCCUCUUUGCAAAGUAUUUUGUCACAGCUGUUUUUGAAAGGUUCUAUGUAUAUAAAGAUACUAUUUUUAUUAUUAUAAGCAUGUU